UCCUUGCCUCACAGGUUGUGACAUGUGUGCUGAUAACCGCAAUGGUGAGUGCCCCAUGCAUGGGCCCCUUCACUCUCUGCGUCGUUUAGUGGGCACUAGUAGUGCUGCUGCAGCAGCACCUCCACCCGAGAUCCCUGAGUGGCUCAGGGACCUGCCCCGGGAAGUGUGUCUGUGCACCAGCACUGUGCCUGGUCUGGCCUAUGGCAUCUGUGCUGCCCAGAGGAUCCAACAGGGCACCUGGAUUGGACCUUUCCAGGGAAUCCUCCUCCUACCAGAGAAGGUUCAAGCAGGAGCCAUCAGAAAUACACAGCAUCUCUGGGAAAUAUAUGACCAAGAUGGGACACUGCAGCACUUUAUUGAUGGUGGAGAACCCAGUAAGUCAAGUUGGAUGAGGUAUAUCCGAUGUGCGAGGCACUGUGGCGAACAGAACUUGACAGUAGUUCAGUACAGGUCAAAUAUAUUCUACAGGGCCUGUAUAGAUAUCCCCCGGGGCACUGAGCUGUUGGUGUGGUACAAUGACAGCUACACGUCUUUCUUUGGAAUCCCUUUACAGUGCAUUGCACAGGAUGAAAACUUGAAUGUCCCUUCGACGGUAAUGGAGGCCAUGUCCAGACAAGACACCCUACAGCCAUUUAAUAAAAGUAACAAACUACCCCCUGCCACUCCACAGCGAUCCAUAGUAUUUCCACAGACUCCAUGCAGCAGAAAUUUUUCUCUUCUGGAUAAGUCUGGGUCCAUCGAGUCAGGAUUUAACCAGAUCAGUGUAAAAAACCAGCGAGUUCUUGCAAGCCCAACUUCAACAAGCCAACUAAAUUCUGAGUUCAGUGACUGGCAUCUUUGGAAAUGUGGGCAAUGCUUUAAGACUUUCACUCAGCGGAUCCUCUUACAGAUGCAUGUGUGUACGCAGAACCCUGACAGAAAUUCCCAACAAACCCAUAUGGGGGACUCCAGAAAGGGACCCUAUCAAUGUGGUCAUUGCUCCCAAUCCUUCUCCCAGCCUUCAGAACUAAGGAACCACGUGGUCACUCAUUCCAGCGACAGACCUUUCAAAUGUGGUUACUGUGGCCGGGCCUUUGCUGGUGCUACAACACUUAACAAUCACAUCCGGACGCACACGGGAGAGAAGCCUUUCAAGUGCGAGAGGUGUGAGAGGAGCUUCACACAAGCCACCCAGCUGAGUCGACACCAGAGGAUGCCCAAUGAGUGCAAGCCAAUAACAGAGAGCACAGAAUCAAUUGAAGUGGAUUAACUGAUUGACUGGUUGGAAUUAAACUGCAAGGAAAGUCAUGAUUAAAUGUCACGGACACUUAAGCAAAACCAAAGAUUUCCUCUGAGCAACUUUCAAUCAGUCCCAGAAAACCAAAAGCAGUAAUAAAAUAAGUAAGAUGUUAAGAGAUAUUGAUCCUGGCAUGGAAGUGAGACCAGGAAAGAGAUUAUUUAUUUAUGACUAGGGAUGAGACUUAUUUCAAUGGACAAGUUACCUGGGACUGCUAACACUUCAAGUCCCACCAUGUAUUGCUUUAUUUCUAAAAGCCUUUAUUAUUGUUAUUUAAUACCAAAGCGAGGAAUCUCAAGGGUUCUUCUGCCCAUAGUUAUGACUGAGAAUGCACAUGGACUUGUUUAUUGUUGCACCUUUUUUGUAGCAUGACUCUAAGGACCCAGAUGUAAUCCUUAUAUUUGGCUGGGUUGGGUUGGGUUAAGUUGGUUUUGACAUGGCUAUAAUAGAAAUUGUUGUCUGAAUAGUGAGAUGGAAAGUGAUCAAGCACCACAUCUGAGUUGGCCUCCUCACACUAAAGGACAUUUCAUUUUCAUGGUUCCAAACCUCACGUGUGCACUUUUUCUUGUAAAUGUUUUUAUCAGAUAAUGUAUUGGCACCGAAGCUCUGGGAAAACCAAAUAAGCAACCUUAUAUAUCUGUACAUACACAGUUGUGCAAAGAUGUCAGAAAGAAAGACAGUUUAAACAAAGGCACAUUUUAAAUAGGAUGGCAUCAUGGCAAUGAUGCAAAGUGUUUUCAGCAAAAUUGUGGUUUAAUGUUAAAAAACCCCUGUAUAUCUGAAUAUCCUGUUGUAAGCAGCAAAACAAAAAACUAGGUUCAAGUUUUCAUUUGGAUGGUUGAUUUAAUAACAUCAAUUCCAGCAAAAUGAAUCAAAAACCCACUUUACAGUACCCAGAUAUUUCUAUCAUAUUGGCUUAGGUUCACUUCAAGUAGUCCCAGAUCAGUUUCAACAAACUUGGGCUGAGCUUCAAUAUUGUAAAGGAAAUCUGAAUCCAGGUGACUCAUGAAUGGCUUCAGGCUUCAUUGCAGUCACUUCAGGGAGAUGUAUUUAAUUUUCUUUCAAGGCAUGAGUCUAAUUCUAAUUAACGUAAAAGAAGUUAUGCUUACUUAGCAAGGGAAUAAGUGUCUGCAUAAAGAUUCUAACACAAUAUAACAGAGUACUGAACGUGCGCACAUGGGAGAGGCUAAACACUGAAGUAGUGUUCUUUAUGAACAAGGUGCAGCUAACAUGGGAAUUGCACACUUUGGAUGAAAUUCUGCCACAUUAAAGUCUCUGGGAGUUUUGCCAUUUAUUUCAAAAGGACCAUGAUUUUACUCUUAAUUUGUAUGGUGCUAGAGGUUAAAAAGAUGCCCCUUUGAACCAAAUUCAUAUUUAAUAAAAGAAAAAAAUAAUAAAUGUUUGCAUGCGAGUAAAGUCUUUUGUGGAGGGUGGAGUAUUUGUCAUGUUUUACACAAUCUUAUAAAAGUGCCUAGUCCUUACGGAUUAUAGACACUGCUGUUGUAUCAUCUCAUCACAUAUUUGACAGUACUCCCUCACUGAGUUCAGUGAGGACUUCUGUUCAAAACUGGUUGCACAAUAUAGCUAAAAGCAGUGCCUUUCUUAAUCAAUACCAUCAAACAGCACUACUAGUCUUUUUUCAUACCUAUCAGUUGAUGAUACUUCGUGAUAUGCUAAAACGGUAAAACAAAAUGUGAGUGCAAGGCAAGCCAGGACACAGAUCUGGCACCAAUUAAGACAAUGGCAAUAAUCCUAUUAGCUUCAAUUCAGCUAGGAAGUCACACAACGUAUAUAGUAAACAAACAUUUUUAGUAGCUACGUGCACAAUAGGAUGCCAUUUGGAAAAUGACUGUGCUGCCUACCUCCAAGGCUGAACUCACUGGAAUAAGGAAAUUCAGUGCUGAAGAAAGGGAUAUUUGGAAAAGUGGGAGCUGGCACUGGCAAAUGAAGGUCAAUGAGAGUAUGAUAUAUAACCCAUUCCCAGGGCUAACCUAUUUUUUUGGUGACAACAUCUUGGCUUUGUUAAGUCUCCCAGUUUAUCAUGGUAUUACAAGAGAUUGCUGGUCAUUUGGAGCCAUAUGUCCUUUGUAUCUUAUCUCUAGCAUUGCUGAACACUAACUGUAUGAAAGCAAGGUACUUAUUUGUCAACUUCUACAUUGUUUUUCCCUGUUGUACCCAUACUGGUAUGAUCUUACAGAGAGGUCUGUUGGAAAUUUUCACAGCAUCACGCUCAACUUUUCAUGAAAUUGUUUCAUUUCACCAAAAAACUGCUAAAUUUUCUUCACUCAUUUUCAGUCAAAAUGGUCCUCUUUCAGUAUUAAAAAACCUUGGUAUAUUUUAGACUUUAUAACUUCAUUUAACCAAAGAUCAACUUUGCUUUAAACUCCCAGCAUAUUUAAGCUUUGGGUGUUUCAGAGCUAAAAAUGCAAUUUUAUAAAAAUGUAAAAAAGCCAGGUUUUAAGUCUUGAUAUGUCAUACUGCAAAAUUGUAAUUUUAUUUUGUGAACUGCUGUGAAGAAAAAUAGCUCCAUUAUUUUUACCUAGUUCUAAUUGUAGGGUUGUUCUUAUAAAUGCUCAGUUGAUUAUUUGAUCAUUUUAAAGGAAUUUAUGGGGAGGGUUUUGUUUUUCAACAAAUAUAAGAAAUUAAAUACCCAGUCCUGUAAAAGGCUGAGCAGCAUUAACUCUCAAUUAAUUUAUAUAGUCCCUGCCUGAAUUUUGCAAAGAAAGAAAAGGGAAAAAUAACACAGUAAAAUAUAAAUUAAAAAAAAAAAACACAGUAUAAAUCUUGGGCAUAGCUAUCUUAACUGUGUCCCUUUUGUUACGUUUUUAUAUUCUGCAUUACAGUUUACAAUUUUGCCAAAAAGUAACUUUUAGUGCGACUACCAUGUUUUGCUGUGUGGGCAUCAAAGAUGCAAACUACUUUGAGAAAAGUUGCUUCUGUUAAUGUUCCAACUUCUACAGAAUUAGCAAAUAGCUUAUCUAGAAAAAAUGCACAUCUCUUUUGAGUUUCCACUAUUUGAAUGUUGGGUAAAUGUCCAAAUUUAUGGACGCUUAUCUGAAUUUAUUAUUUGAACUACCUGAGAUUCUAAUCUGCUACAAACUGGUAUUUCUGUAGGAGGAGAUCAAAGACGUUGGGUAUCAACAUUGUAAUUUAAAGAUCAGCACUCAGGGCUCAUUGUGUUCAGAGCACAGAUUGACUUGAGCAGCCAUAGCUACUUUACAGAAACUGUUUCUAAACCUUUCAGUACAUCUCUAGUGGUAAUAUGAUGCUUGCAUGUUAUUUUAAUAGCACAGUAUAAAAUAAUCUCACUAGAAUGAAGCACUCAUAUUUACCACUUGAACAGAGCAAGUUUCACAUGAUCUCUGUAAAAUAUGCAGGCAUUUCAGAGAAAACUACAGAGAUGAACAGAUUUUGCAUCAAACUUAGGCGGGAAAUGAGAUAUGUUAAAGUCUGACAAACAAGUUAUGUUAGCCAUCUCUAUUGCUGUAUUAUUGAACCAUUCUCUCCUAUUUCUGUGAGGUGAAAUCAGUGGUAGUUUAGAGCCAUCAGCAUCUCAGCAAGUAAGACCUACAUUUUGUAAUUCUUUUUUAAGGCCCUGAUCCAGCUAACACUGAAACAUAUGCAUAAAAUUACAGAUGAGCAUAAGGCUAUUGCUGAACUUGGAUGGCCUUAUUCCUGACCUUAUAAUUAUGAGCUAAAAUGAUUUCCUAAUGAGGGUCUGCAUCAUUUUAAGCACACCAAAGUAUAAUUUCUGCAGAAAUCAUCUUGUUCUUCCAGAUAACAUUUUCUUAUAUUUGUUCAUCUUAAAUCACUAUGUUGUGCCAGACAAGCAAUACAGUUUUAAUUACUGUAUUGCUUUCUCCAAGACACUUUUAUAAAAUGGGUGGUGGCGCAUAAAUACAAUUCAGUGGGAAACAUUCCCACUCAUAAUUUUAUAGCUGGUGUCACUCUUCAGCAACACGAUGCAACACUGUAUGUCCUGCUGAAAAUCAACAAGCUGAAACAUCCUGAAUUGGAUUAAACAACAUCCAGUUGCUUUCUGCUCUUGCUGAAUGGUGAGCAAGCUUUGUUCAGGUAUGGAUGGCAUAAUUAGGCAUUUGGAUCCAUUAAGAACGUAAUCUUAUGUGCUUGAACAGAGUGAGUGAAAGCAGUGAGUGAAGUAUGAUUACCUCAAAAUGUAGUCAUUAUGUGCCUACUUUUUCUGAAGCUCUUAUGAUUGGCUUUGAAGCUUGGUAAAUAUGUGCAAAAGUCACACUUUCCAAUCUUGAGGCAUCUAAAGCCUUUCCCCCAACAAGUAAAUGUGUAUUUUUCUAAUUUUGUGCAGCACACAGAAUGAAAUAUCAUAUACACAUAUAAAUGCCCUUCUCAGAAAAUCUUGAGGUCCUCUGUGAAAACACAAGCAGGAUCCCAAAUAACAUGACACUUUUGGAUACAAAAAUGACUGUCUUUCUUUGAAAAACAGAAUUUUGAAUAACGUAACAAUUACAGUAAACUCCUUAAAGGCUCUGAUGUGUGGGUUGGCCACAUUUUUUGGUAUCCUUAUCUCUCUUUUUAGUACCUAUUUAUCAUUUGUAUGGUGCUGUUAGUGUAUGUGGUGCUGUCUUAUAAGUGCCAAAUAUGGUUUCUAAAUGAUAAAUAUUUGAAAAUCAAAAACGUGGCAAGUCAUCUGUUUCUGAAAGUUAUAUAUCGCUAUGACUUAUUUCCAAUUUAUCAUUAGUGCACUUCUUUGUUGCAUCCAAAUCCUUGCUGUGUAUGAGUUCCCAUAAAUUAAAAUAUGUUGAACAGUGUGCAGUCUUUUAUCCACACUCAAUUUUUGAAAGUUUAGACAUGAUUAAGCCAAACUGAAAAAGGGCAAAUCCCCAUGCAGUUAAUGUAGAAUAUUCUGGAAGGGUCCUUUGUUGUAAUAAGAAUAAUAAUGACACUGUAAUUAGAAUGGUAAACAGCUUGCUUGCAUUUUUUAAACUUCAUAAAAUUGCAUCUUUUUUUACUGCCAAGGACCAAUUAUGUCAUGCAUGUAGCUGUACUCUUGUGAUAUAAAAUGUAAAGAUACCGUUGUGUUUAAAUGA